CAAUGCAAUAUUGUAAAAGAAGCCGCCUAGAGCAGAGAAAGCUACAGCACCAUUCCGGAAGUAUCUGCUUCAGAUAGAUCACUGUGAUUAUAUCUAUUUGGUUCUAAAAAUUAUCCAUCAGAGAGAGAUCAUUAGUUCUUUCUUCCGAUACUAUCGAGAGAAGGAACACGAUGCUCCAGAUUCGUCUGAGCAAGGCCACGAGCUCGGAUGGCGGGGGAUCGAAACCCGCGGCUUCUGUUUCGUGCCCUGAUUAUCUUGUAUUGGCAGAUCUGCCCGUCGCGAAAACCUUGGGCGGCGUAGCUACUGCAAAUGCCGUGAAACUUGUUGGCAGAAGGUCGAGGAGACAAGUCGGUGCUAAAGUUCAUUUCUGCGUGCGCUGCAAUCUGCCAAUUGCUAUUUAUGGUCGUCUGAGUCCUUGUGAGCAUGCCUUUUGCUUGACUUGUGCAAGGAGCGAUUCCAGCUGUUAUUUGUGUGAUGAAAGGAUUCAAAAGAUACAAUCGAUAAAAAUGUUAGAGGGAAUAUUUAUUUGUGCAGCUCCACACUGUCUAAAAUCAUUUUUAAAGAGGAUGGACUUUGAGUUGCACUUAAUUGAAAUACAUUCAGAUUUACUUCAGUGUAUUGCGGAAAAAGAUGAUUUAAAUGAGAAGGAUGUUAUGAAAGUAAGGCCAGUGUCAUCAGAUCCUCAGCCAAAGAAACUCUCUUCACAAGCACAGCGUGAUCAGUCUAAAGCAUCAUCUGGCACACAGCAGCAAGAACAAGAACAAAUGUCGAGGCUACAAACACAACAGAAACAAUUUAAUUAUAAUCUGCAACCCCAGGGGCAGCAAGAUUAUCAAGGUAACUCGGGUGAUAAUUCACAACAACUAUAUCAAGAGAAGCAACGGGAGUUUGAAAGAUCACACCAUCAAUCACAUCAAGAAAAGCGUCAAAAACAUACACAUGGAGAAAAACAUCGCAAACAUCAUGACAAACGCCAAGACCAUGCAGAUAAACAAUAUCAACAAGAAGGAGGGUCACGUCACAAGGAUUUCCACCAAAUGGAUGCAGAACAUCAGAAUGUACAUGGACGACAAGCUCAAAAAGAACAAACACCAAAACCUGAAAGUCCACGAGUGUUGCCUCCAUCCUUCCCAAUACAGCAGCCAUUGCAAUAUCCCUACCAUCUUCAUCCGGAGGGGUUCCAGCAACACUACAAUCCCCACUACGAUCAAACACAAUCAAUUACUUUCCUGGAAGGCAUGCCUAUCCAGACUGGAAUGCAAAGUUUCCAGACUGGCAAUCAAGGGAUGCCUAUACAUGCUCCACCUAUUCAAGGAUUUCAAGAAAAUCACUUCCAACCUUGGCACAUUGGACCAACAAGCGUGCCUCAUGAAGAUACUACAGCAGUUCAUGCAAUACAAGAGGGCGGCAUGGCACCAAAUACGCAGGGUCAAUUCUCCAAUUUUGCAAUUGAUUAUGUACCAGGCCCACCAACUAUACCAUUACCUCCACCCUUACCUGGCAUGGGAAUGGGUCUGGAUCAGCCUGUACACUACCAAGAUUCUAAUUAUGGGCCACCGGUGUCAACCCCACAUAAACGGGAUAAGUACAUGAAUAUGCAUACUCAGGGGGAAGAUGCACGAGAUGUACAUAACCAUGGAGGGCGAGGCGGGAGAUCCAGUUUUGGUCCUAACCAUGGAUAAGUUUUUGUUUGUAAUUUUUUGUAUAUGAAGUUAUGACAGAAUGUGCUAAUAAAUAAUUUCCUAAUUGAUGUA